AUGGUAAUGGAAUUGCUCAAAUUGUCCAAGUUCAAGCUCCAACUUCGAGCUCUUGUCACUGAAGUUCGGGAGCUCAGAGAAGGGAACGCACAACGGCCAGGAAAGGAACGCACAACGGCCGAACAACACCAACACGGAAUUGAGAAGCAUAAACAAAGCGAGGAAGAGCAUAACAGAAAAAUACAGGACCUGCAAGCCGAGUUAGCUUCAGUCAAAGAAGAGUGCCAGAAACUCGAAAGGAGGGUGAAUUAUCUUCAGAACGACAAUGCUUUGCUUGAAAUCCAGCAAAAAGAGUUGAAGGAUACCAUACAAAGCCUACUUUUGUCCAGGGAAAAUUUCAUGCAUGCUUACGAGGAAACCACUUCUGAAAUGCGACGUUCAAUUGAAACCAAAGAUAGAAAGCUCAACGUUCUUUCUGAGAAGAUAAACGCCCACCUCUUGUUAUUCAAUUCAAUAGAGAAGGAGGUGUUUUCUAUCAAGCAAAUUGUUGAUAACGUCCACAGCCUUGUCAAUGAAAAAGAGAAAAUAGUGGCUGAGUUGAGAAACAAAAUGGAUCAAAUCUCCACAUUUGAAAAAGCAUUUGUAGAGAAUAUCACCGACUCGAGAAAUAAACUGGAAAAGAUUGAAGAUGAGUUGAGAAGAAAGGAUAAAUUCAUCUCAGAGUUAGAAGCAAAGCUAGAUGCAGAAAAACUCAGCAACAAUAGCCCACCUCAAAUUGAAGAUCUUCAGAAAACUUUAUCAGUAAAGGACGUGAUGAUACAGAACUUAAUUUCAGAUAAAGAGGCAUUGCAGUAUGAAGUUGGAAGUUUAAGAUUCGUCCUACAGAAGAUUAACGCCACUGUCAGAAAUAUGAAUGAGGAGGACAAAAGUUUAUUCUGUUCAAUAUUGCAACAUAAUGAAGCGUCUGGAAUGGAUAUUGAGGUUGAAGAAAACAGGUAA